CUCAUGCGUGUGUGUGUGAAAUAUACGUACACGUAUAAUCUUCACCUUCUCGAGCUUUAUUUUAUUCUGCUGCAGCGUUCUCUCUUCAUCAGAAGCUCGCGACAAUGGCGAUGAUCACCGGCAACACCGCUAAGCGCCUCCCCACGCUUCUCCAGUCUUCACGCGCCGCCAUGGUCGCUCACCUCCACACCACCUACCCCGCUCUCUCCUCCUCCUCGACGUCGCCGGCUUCCUACGCCAGGCCCGGUCCUCCGGCGGCUCCUGGCUCUUCGACGGGGCUCUCGAAGCCUGCGGAGUUCGUGAUCUCUAAGGUCGAUGAUCUGAUGAACUGGGCUCGUCGCGGAUCGAUCUGGCCGAUGACCUUCGGCCUCGCCUGCUGCGCCGUUGAAAUGAUGCAUACCGGUGCGGCGCGGUACGAUCUCGACAGGUUCGGGAUCAUUUUCCGCCCAAGUCCUCGCCAAUCUGACUGUAUGAUUGUCGCCGGAACGCUCACCAACAAGAUGGCUCCGGCUCUUCGCAAGGUAUAUGACCAAAUGCCAGAGCCAAGGUGGGUGAUUUCAAUGGGAAGUUGCGCAAAUGGAGGAGGAUACUACCACUACUCCUACUCGGUGGUUCGAGGCUGUGACAGGAUUGUCCCUGUCGACAUCUACGUUCCGGGUUGCCCUCCAACUGCCGAGGCAUUGCUCUACGGUCUCCUCCAGCUGCAGAAGAAGAUCAACAGGCGCAAGGAUUUCCUCCACUGGUGGACCAAGUGAGUUUUCCUCAAGUCCAGUCACAGGGGAGAUUGGUUUCUUCUUCUUCAUCAUCUCAGAAAGACAGAUAUCUAUUGUGUUUCCAGCCAAUAAAAUUGGGACAACCUUUGUGUUCUUUGUGGUUUAAAAUGCCGUGUAAAGAAGCGUGUUUGAAGCUUUGUGCGUGCAACGUAGAAUAAUAACCAUCUACUAAUGGCGAUUAGGAAUGGUUAUUGCAAGGUUCGAUUCGUUAUUCGGAUUGUUUAUUUCGGUUUUAGAUAAACUAUGAUGAUUCAUUUU